AUGUACAAAGUGUAUAAGUUGUUUGUGUUUUUCCUUGUCGUGUUCCUGAUCGGCGAAUCCACUGGCAUGAGAAUAAAACGGCAAUCAGGCAACGGAACUUCGACUGCUACUGCUACUGAAAAUGGGCAAAAUACACAAUCAGAGUCAGACUUACAAGAAUGCAUUCGGAGCUGUCCAGUGACCUCCGAGUAUAAUCCUGUUUGUGGGUCUAAUAGAGUCACUUACUCUAAUCCAGGUAGACUUCUGUGUGCCCAAGGAUGUGGUGUCAGUGUAAAUCUGCUCAGAACUUCGCCGUGCCCCACGAGCUAG